AUGUUCGAAUACGAUAGAUUGGCACUGGAUGUGCUGAGCCUAUCGCCAAAGCAAGAUCAGGAGAGCGCAUCGGUUCCUCUCGCGUUGGAGGACGGUUUCAGUAAAGAUGAAAUCGCUGGUUUCGAGGAGCUCCUGUGCUCCCCCAAAAAGGCCCCACCUACCAAAUAUCAAUGUCAUAUCUGUUAUCGAACUGGUCACUACAUUUCCGAUUGUCCAAUGCGCUUCAACACCCCAUACGACGAGUUGACUCCAUACCAAGGAAGGAAGAAGUGCUACGGAGAGUUUCAGUGCCAUCAAUGCAAACGCAAGUGGACUAGUCAGAACUCGGUGGCAAACGAGGCACAGUCGUGUAUCAAAUGUCAUAUUCCAGUAUUUCCUCACAAACAGUUGCCCGUCGAAAAAGCUGUUGCAAUGGGGUUGAUCAAAGCUCAGCACGCGAUCCCAUCGAAGAUCGCUCCAAUCGGCCACGGACGUCCACCGGCGAAAUGCUGA